AUGUUUGACACUAUUCGAUACCUUCGGCAAGCUAAAAGCAGAGUUGUGGGCAAGGGAAUGCAAGAAUGGUACACUGAAUUCGAGAGUGUAUUCUUAUUGGGGGUUCUACGUGUCGACUCGUGGAAAGUUUUUCUUGAUAAUUGUAAAAGAUUGACGCUAGCAACUCCCUGGUUUAAAGUCUGGAACUAUCGAGCGCGGGAACACCUUGAUUUUUUAUUCAUGCCGCUUAUUACACCGGACAAGGGCAAACUUGGGAUGAUGGGCCGUUUCGUGAUCUCAUUCGCAGAUGUCACACUCCUCGAAACUCCCCAAACGCCCGAUCCAUCGCGCUGGGCCAAAUGGUGGCCCUUUAGUAGUCCUUGGAGACGCUCUUUGGACUGGGUGGACCUCGCUAUUGACCAUAAAAAAUAUUGCGAGUCAGCCCCGCCGAGCGUUCCGAGCGAAGAACUCCUACUCGAAAACUCGUCUAUUGCAGUUACACGAGUACUCAGCCAUAAAAAAUUAAUUGUGAUGGACAUCUGUAAACCAUCCGAUGGAAGCGACAUGGCAUUUGAUAUAACAUCAUCCGAUCUGAAUGCUCAUUUGUCGCUACUACCCUUACUUCAUGCGCCAAAAAAUGCACCGAUUCCAAUGGAGUUGGUGCUCAUAUUAUUCAAGAAGUCUGUGCAAUCAUGGAGUCAAGUUCGUGACGCUUUUGUAGAGCACGUCGUAUCACUGAAAUCAUAUAUUUACGACAACCGUGCUCAGAAGGCUAUGAUAAACACUAUUAUGUCCUCCUUAAAACUUACCCAUAGCCUUGGUACAGUCUCAGAGCACAACAUAAUCAUCCUUCAGAAAUUCUUAAGUACUAGCACGAAGACCAUUGAUGGAAAUAUCUCUGCCUUUUGGAGCUGGGAUACUAACCCUCCAACGUUAAGGGAGGCAUAUCCCGACAUUGCUGACGAUUUAACAAAGGUGAUGGAGUUUUUUGAGACGGCGAAUAUCGAAGCAAAAGACUGGGAUAAAGAAUUGAGAGAUAUGAUGCAAAUGGUAUUUAGUUUGGUAUCAAUUGAUGAGGCAUAUCGAUCCAGAGAGCAAGCUCAAAGUUUGAAACGGUUGAGUUGGAUUACGGUGAGUCCUUCUACACAUUCAGUUUCGUGA